AUGGUUACAGUACACUUAAAAAAGGCCCUGGUGCAUUUGUACUCAAGAGAUGUACAGGAUAGAGAUGUACAGGAUAGAGUUGUAGACGCCAGAGAUGUAGAGGAGGCCAGAGAUGUAGAGGAUAGAGAUGUAGAGGAGGCCAGAUAUGUAGAGGCCAGAGAUGUAGAGGAUAGAUAUGUAGAUGCCAGAGAUGUAGAGACCAGAGAUGUAGAGGAUAGAGAUGUAGAGGCCAGAGAUGUAGACGAUAGAGAUGUAGACGAUAGAGAUGUAGAGGAUAGAGAUGUAGAGGGUAGAGAUGUAGAGGAGGCCAGAUAUGUAGAGGCCAGAGAUGUAGAGGAUAGAGAUGCAGAGGCCAGAGAUGUAGAGGAUAGAGAUUUAGAGGCCAGAGAUGUAAAGGCCAGAGAUGUAGAAGAGAUAGAUGUAGAUGCCAGAGAUGUAGAGGCCAGAGAUGUAGAGGAGGCCAAAGUUGUAGAUGAUAUAGAUGUAGAGGAGGCCAGAGAUGUAGAGGAUAGAGAUGUAGAGGUCAGUGAUGUAGAGGAUAGAGAUGUAGAGGAUAGAGGUGUACAGGAUAGAGUUGUAGACGCCAGAGAUGUAGAAGAUAGAGAUGUAGAGGAUAGAGGUGUAGAGGAUAGAGAUGUAGAGGAGGCCAGAGAUGUAGAUGCCAGAAAUGUAGAGGAUAGAGAUGUAGAGGCCAGAGAUGGAGAGGAGGCCAAAGAUGUAGAUGAUAUAGAUGUAGAGGAGGCCAGAGAUGUAGAGGCCAGAGAUGUAGAGGAUAGAGAUGCAGAGGCCAGAGAUGUAGAGGAUAGAGAUGCAGAGGCCAGAGAUGUAGAGGAUAGAGAUUUAGAGGCCAGAGAAGUAAAGGCCAGAGAUGUAGACGAUAGAGAUGUAGACGAUAGAGAUGUAGAGGAUAGAGGUGUAGAGGAUAGAGAUGUAGACGAUAGAGAUGUAGAGGCCAGAGAUAGGCAGGAGGCCAGAGAUGUAGAGGAUAGAGAUGUAGAGGUCAGUGAUGUAGAGGAUAGAGAUGUAGAGGCCAGUGAUGUAGAGGCCAGAGAUGUAGAGGAUAGAUAUGUAGAUGCCAGAGAUGUAGAGACCAGAGAUGGAGAGGAUAGAUAUGUAGAGGCCAGAGAUAAAGAGGAGGCCAAAGAUGUAGAUGAUAUAGAUGUAGAGGAGGCCAGAGAUGCAGAGGAGGCCAGAGAUGUAGAGGCCAGAAAUGGUGAGGAUAAAGAUGUAGAUGCCAGAGAUGUAGAGACCAGAGAUGUAAAGGCCAGAGAUGUUGAGGAGGCCAGAGAUGUAGAGGAGGCCAGAGAUUUAGAGGCCAGAAAUGUAGAGGAUAGAGAUGUAGAUGCCAGAGAUGUAGAGACCAGAGAUGUAGAGGCCAGAGAUUUAGAGGAGGCCAGAGAUGUAGAGGAGGCCGGAGAUGUAGAGGAGGCCAGAGAUGUAGAGGCCAGAGAUGUAGAGGAGGCCAGAGAUGUAGAGGCCAGAAAUGUUGAGGAUAAAGAUGUAGAUGCCAGAGAUGUAGAGACCAGAGAUGUAGAGGAUAGAUAUGUAGAGGCCAGAGAUAUAGAGGAGGCCAAAGAUGUAGAUGAUAUAGAUAUAGAGGAGGCCAGAGAUGUAGAGGAGGCCAGAGAUGUAGAGGCCAGAAAUGUAAAGGAUAGAGAUGUAGAUGCCAGAGAUGUAGAGACCAGAGAUGUAAAGGCCAGAGAUGUAGAGGAGGCCAGAGAUGUAGAGGAGGCCAGAGAUGUAGAGGAUAGAGAUGUAGAGGCCAGAGAUGUGGAAGAUAGAGUUGUAGAGGCCAGAGAUGUAGAGGAUAGAUAUGUAGAGGCCAGAGAUGUAGAGGAGGCCAGAGAUGUAGAGGAUAGAGAUGCAGAGACCAGAGAUGUAGAGGAUAGAGAUGUAGAGGCCAGAGAUGUAGAGGAUAUAGAUGUAGGGUCCAGAGAUGGAGAGGCCGGAGAUGUAGAGGAUAGAGAUGCAGAGGCCAGAGAUGUAGAGGCCAGUGAUGUAGAGGAUAGAGAUGUAGAGGCCAGAGAUGUAGAGGAGGCCAGAGAUGUAGAGGAUAGAGAUGUAGAAGCCAGAGAUGUAGAGGAUAGAGAUGCAGAGGCCAGAGAUGUAGAGGAGGCCAGAGAUGUUGAGGCCAGAAAUGUAGAGGAUAGAGAUGUAGAUGCCAGAGAUGUAGAGACCAGAGAUGUAGAGGAUAGAGAUGAAGAGGCCAGAGAUGUAGAGGAUAGAGAUGUAGAGGCCAGAGAUGUAGAGGCCAGAGAUGUAGAGGCCAGAGAUGUAGAGGAUAGAGAUGUAGAGGAUAGAGAUGUAGAGGAUAGAGAUGUAGAGGAUAGAGAUGUAGAGGCCAGAGAUGUAGAGGAUAGAGAUGUAGAGGCCAGAGAUGUAGAGGAUAGAGAUGUAGAGGCCAGAGAUGUAGAGGAUAGAGAUGUAGAGGCCAGAGAUGUAGAGGAUAGAGAUGUAGAGGCCAGAGAUGUAGAGGAUAGAGAUGCAGAGGCCAGAGAUGUAGAGGAUAGAGAUGUAGAAGCCAGAGAUGUAGAGGAUAGAGAUGAGGAGGCCAGAGAUGUAGAGGAUAGAGAUGCAGAGGCCAGAAAUGUAGAGGCCAGUAAUGUAGAGGAGGCCAGAGAUGUAGAGGAUAGAGAUGUAGAGGCCAGAGAUGUAGAGGAUAGAGAUUUAGAGGGCAGAGAUGUAAAGGCCAGAGAUGUAGAAGAUAGAGAUGUAGAGGAUAGAGAUGGAGAGGCGAGAGAUGAAGAGGAGGCCAGAGAUGUAGAGGACAGAGAUGUAGAGGAUAGAGAUGGAGAGGCGAGAGAUGAAGAGGAGGCCAGAGAUGUAGAGGACAGAGAUGUAGAGGAUAGAGAUGUUGAGGCGAGAGAUGUAGAGGAUAGAGAUGAAGAGGCCAGAGAUGUAGAGGACAGAGAUGUAGAGGAUAGAGAUGAGGAGGCCAGGGAUGUAGAGGAUAGAGAUGCAGAGGCCAGAGAUGUAGAGGAUAGAGAUUUAGAGGCCAGAGAUGUAAAGGCCAGAGAUGUAGACGAUAGAGAUGUAGACGAUAGAGAUGUAGAGGCCAGAGAUGAAGACGAUAGAGAUGUAGACGAUAGAGAUGUAGAGGCCAGAGAUGUAGACGAUAGAGAUGUAGACGAUAGAGAUGUAGAGGCCAGAGAUGAAGACGAUAGAGAUGAAGAGGCCAGAGAUGUAGAGGCCAGAGAUGUAGAGGAUAGAGAUGUAGAUGCCAGAGAUGUAGAGGCCAGAGAUGUAGAGGAUAGAGAUGCAGAGGCCAGUGAUGUAGAGGCCAGAGAUGUAGAGGCCAGAAAUGUAGAGGAUAGAGAUGUUGAGGCCAGAUAUGUAGAGGAAAGAGAUGUAGAGGAUAGAGAUGUAGAGGCCAGAGAUGUAGAGGAUAGAGAUGUAGAUGAUAGAGAUGUAGAUGACAGAUAUGUAGAGGAUAGAGAUGUAGAGGCCAGAUAUGUAGAGGAUAGAGAUGUAGAGGCCAGAUAUGUAGAGGAUAGAGAUUUAGAGGAUAGAGAUGUAGAAAGUAGAUGCCUUUAA